GGGGAGUGUCUGGGAUGGGAGCCGCCGAGGCCGACCGCUGGGCGUGGCUGCUGGUGCUGAGCUUUGUGUUUGGGUGCAAUGUGCUUCGGAUCCUCCUCCCGUCCUUUUCCUCCUUCCGAACAGACGUGCUUCUCUGGGUCCCGAGAGCUGCUUUAGCAAAUUCACAUGGUCUAGAGAGGACGUCAUGGGGACCAGUUUGUAGCCAGAAAUCCAGAGGCCAGGAGCUGUGACUGGUGUUAGAAGUGGAGGCUUCUUGGGACUGCGGAGUCUGACACCAGCUCCAGAUGUCCCGGGUGCUGCAGAAGGACGCCGAGCAGGAGGCGCAGAUGCGAGCCGAGAUCCAGGACAUGAAGCAGGAGCUGGCCACGGUCAACAUGAUGGACGAGUUUGCCAGGUACGCGCGGCUGGAGAGGAGGAUCAACAAGAUGACUGACAAGCUCAAGAUGCACGUGAAGGCGCGGACGGCUCAGCUGGCCAAGAUAAAGUGGGUCAUCAGUGUGGCCUUCUACGUCCUGCAGGCUGCCCUGAUGAUCUCGCUCAUCUGGAAGUACUAUUCUGUCCCUGUGGCCGUGGUGCCCAGCAAAUGGAUAACGCCACUAGACCGCCUGGUGGCCUUUCCUACCAGAGUGGCAGGUGGCGUUGGGAUCACCUGCUGGAUUUUGGUCUGUAACAAGGUUGUGGCUCUCGUGCUUCACCCGUUCAGUUGAGAUGGAAGAGGGACGCGGGCACAGGGCCUGAGACGUGGUUUCUCUCGGGCUGGAACUCUGAUCCACUGACGCUUUUUUAAACAAAAGUACACGGGCUGGUUUUUCUGUUGAGUAUCUUUGUCCUUGCAGUUUAUGUGAGAUUCAUAUGAGAACUGUCAUUUUAUGCACCUGUCAUUGAGCCGGAAGGCCUAGUUUAGGACACUCGUGUGUCAGGCAGUGUCACACCAGGCUCUGUCAGUGUGAAACCCUGGGUGGUGUCUGUGUGCUGAUGGGUACCGUCGUCCUGUGUUGGUCUUCUUGCCAACUGGAAAAUCAGAGUUUUCUAAAAGACUUAUUGCUGUUUUUAAUCCAGUUUAGAAAGGAACCUAAUGUUAAUACCACUAUAGUCUUGCCUUGCUUUAAGACUUACUAAGUUUAGUGCUUGAUGCUUUGUCCACGCACAAGCUUUGCCCACGGUUGUUUGUGGAGUCCGAGCUUCUAGCUGGAGCUUGCUCCUGUGGCUGCCUCCUGGCCUGCUCUGUUUCCAGCCAGAACGGUUGGUUUGGUCCUUUUCCUUCUUGGAACUUGUGCCUCCCAGAACCAGGGAAUAAUCAGGACAGCGGUACCACCGUGCUAGAAUCUGAUGAGAAUUUGUUUUUAGUUUCGUGUAGUACAGCUAAAAGAAUAACACUAAUCGGCAUCAUUUGUGCUUUCUCUUCUGUCAUUUUAUUGACAGACAUUUGUACCAUGUUAUUUACUUAUUUGAAGCUGUUGGUUUCUCAUCACAGUGUUUUAUAGAUGCACUCAUGAGGCCAUGACGUUUGUGCACAGGCGGUUCGGCUGUUUCUAAUGAAGUAUAUUUUAUGAACAUUUAAUAUUUACGAUCUGUAGGGAAAAUCGAAGUGGGAGGUCUGAUUAAAUUCAUCUGAACCAUCCACGUUUGGGCCGUGAAGGCAAAUUCCUUCUGCAGAGCUGCUCUUCGUUCGGGAGCACUUCUUCCGGCGAGUGCAUUUGCAGGUGCUGUGGGUAUCUUCCAUCUUCCUGCCCGCCCCUUAGGUGCCGAGCUGUCUGAGGACUUCACCAGCUUUUGCUCAGCAGAGCCAAGCUGGUCGCUGCUGGAAAGAUCCUAUUUGUGUUCUGCGCUCCCUAAUGUGCUCAUUACCCUUUCCCCUGAACAUACCUCAAAGCAGAGCUGCCAUCCCUGGUUCUGCAAUGAAGCCUGUAGGCUGGGUGGGGCCAGGCUGAGCUCUGGUAGCCCAUUCAGGGCUCAGAGCUCGAGCACCCAGUGGGUGCUCGAGUGGGCCCCAGCCACCAGCCUCUUGGGUUUGCUUGUCCCCAGGGGACGCUGUGGCCACAGAGGAAGAGAGGAGUGCACGCCCUGGGGCGCUCACUGGGGCAGAGCAUCCCUGAGUGGCCUCUGUCCUCCUGUUAUAGCAGCAGGAACGGGGACACACCCCAGAGCAGAGGGAGAGACGUGUAGCUUUUCACACACGUUAGUGGUCAGUAACAAGGGAAAUACAAGUGUCCCUUAUGUGGCACAUCACUGUGGCUUUAAGAAAUUGUAUUUGUUUAAAAGUAGAUAAUAAAUAUGGUCUUGAUUUAAAAAGAUACAGAAAGGGGUACAGACAGUGUAACUUUUGGGCCAGGCAUGGUGGCACACGCCUGUAAUCCCAGCACUCGGGAGGCUGAGGCAGGAGGAUCUGAAGGAAGUUGAGACCCACCUGUGCUACAGAGUGGGUUCAGGGUCAGCCCGGACUACAUAACAAUGCCCUUUCUAAAACACCAAAAUCAAUCAAUCAAUAAAAUAAAGAGUGUGACUCCUAAACCUUUCUUGUCACCACUGUUGCCAGUGCCUUGGGAUUUUUCCACGAUACUCCAUGAGUUUAUGAGCUUGGACUUAAUGUGCUCUUAAGAUAGGCUUUUGACUAUUUCUUUAAAUUGAAAAUUUUGUUGUCCUUGUUUGCAGAACCUGAUGACUGCUUUCCUCUCAGGGGAUUGGUGUGUGUGCAAAACAGUUCCCUGCUUUUUCCUUCCUCCUCCAUCUCAGUCCUCUUCCCAUUUGCAAAGCUGUGGUGGCUUCUUUUUUUUUUUUAAUUAUAAAAGUAAAACGUGAAAAAAAUAAUUCUCUUUUUUCCCCCAAGUCUAAUGCACAGGUAUAGAAAGAGCGAGGUUGUGGGGCCGCGUCUGUACUUGGCUGCCUGUGGAGUGCAUCAUGCUUAGGGCUAACAGAGGUCUUAUAAGAUGCGGAUAUGUAUUUGAAGAUACGUGUGCAUGUACGUGAUGCUUAGUGAAAUGAUAUUUUAAAAGCCAUUUGAUGGUUUUAUGUAAGAAUAUUUAAUAUAAAAUAUACUUAAUAUAAGUUCUGUUACACUUAACAUAGCACACACCAAUUUUGUCAUAAGUCCACUAACCAGGGAAACUUUUGCGUAUACAAAUUGAUGAUGAUCUUUGGAUGCAUACCAGGGUGCCUAGCUUCUUCUCUUCUUGAAUGUUUAAUUUUACUGCUGUACAUGUGUGACCCGCAAUAAUCCUGCUGCUCCCAGAAAGUUGGUGUCCACAGGCACAGCACAUCUUGACCCUUGGGCUUCCCCAGAGCUCCAUGCCGUCUCCACGGUCUCCCUCCCCAUUCCCCUCUUCGCUUUAUAUUUCUUUUCAGUUAUUUGUAUUUUGGAUUUCUCACUUGUCAUUUGUAGGAACAUGGAUGCCCCUUGAGACCCUGCUGUUGCUAGAUGGCUUCUCCCGGCCCCUCCUGCUGCCGGGAGGGACAAGGCUGGUGGCCUCUGGUUUCCCUGCCUGUCCUCAGCUUGGGUGGGGGGCUGAGAAGCGACUCCCUUGAACAGCAGAGCCCUAGCCGUCUGUGGGGGAUGAUGAUUUCUGUUCCUUAACCCCCAGGCUGACAUUUAAGGGGCAUCCACAUGAUCAAGCAGCCUGCAGGUUCUAUGCUGACUCAGUGCCUGUACUCGAGGUUUUGGUGGCCAGUGUUUCCAGAUCCUGUUUUUGGGUGUUUUUGUCUUUUUGAGACAGGGUCUCAGUACGCAGUUCAGGCUGGCCUUGGGUAGCCCAGGCUGGCCUGCAACUCACAGUGAUCCUCCUGCUUCAGCCUUCCGAGUGCUGGGAUUGCUGGCGUGGGCCACCACGCCUGGCCUGUUGAGUCAAUUUGAAUGACUACAUGUCUUCUGAAUUGUCCAAUGCUUGCUAGUGUAUUAUAGAACUUUAUGUUUUCAAACUCUUCUUUAAAUUCUUGUAGAUGUUCAAGUCCCAUGUCUGUUUUGUUGGAAUAUCCAUUCCGUUGGCUCUUUGGCACCAUGCUGUGGGCCGCAUGUGUUUCGGUUUAAUUUCAAAACUCUGUGGGGGUUUCUGGAGGCGCGGUGAAGGCCUACCUUUCUCCUGCCCCGCACUGUCAGCUGGGCCCCUUCACUCCUUACACCUCAGUCCCAGCGUCAAGCGGCCCACAGGAUAAGGGAGGCUUGGCCCCCAAGCCCCAGGGUUCCGCACAGACCGUACAGACCUGCCUUCCUGCAUCACCUGGGAAAGGCCCUCCUCCUGUCCCAGCUGCCCGCGCGUUUUUCCCUGGCUUCCAAAUGCCUUUAGGCCAGCGAUGGUGAAACGUUUAUAGAGACCAAUUGCCCAAAUCACUCUGAGUCAGGCACUUGUGGCAGAGAGCCAGCUCCACUGUCAGGCCCAAGAGCCUGGCAGCUGGGCGAGCUGGGGCAAGUCAUUGGCACCUCUACUUUAGGUGGCUGAGCCUGAGCUCUGCCAGUCUCCCUCCCUCCCUGGGUGCUUUGGCUGCUGACCGUAGGUCUCAAAAGCACGUUUUGUAAGAGAUCUUUUGCAAAGGCAGAAGUGGACUCGGGGACAGAGGAAGGGGAGGGGAAAGGGCCCUGGAAAGAUGAAGGUGUUUCCUGCGUAUGCCCCAGUGCCCAGGAGGAGAGUAAUCAUUGUCCACUGCAAACAUGGGCUCCUAAAAGAAAAACCUGAACUCGGUUUCCCGACCAUCUUGUUCUCUGUCGCUGUAUCCAGGCUCCAAGUUUACCAGCCUCACAAAGUACAGAUAAUUUAAAGAGCAAAAUAAAGAUAAUUGGAGGGGCUGGAGAUUUAGCUCAGUGGUGUAAGCACCUGCCCGGUAAGUGCAAAGUCAUGAGUUCCAGCCCCGUUACUUAAAAAAAAAAAAAAGAUAAUAGGAAACAGGGAGAUAGGUGGGGGAGGGAAAAGGGGGCUGUAAAAGCGCUGUUGUGGAUGGAUGUGUACCAGCUCCCCACAGGUGUAUUCACUGUGUACUGCAAUGGGCUAAUAGAAAUAAAAAAUUUGAAAAAAAAACCA